ACGACUACACGAGCCCCCACGUGCUGCACGGCACCACAACAAGCGAGCUGCGAGGAGCCUAACUGGCCCCAUAAAACACCUAAGAAAAGCCCGCCAGCAGCGUCCAGCCCCCUCCAGGCACGCUUUCCUGCUUCACACAGCCCUGGGAAAACAAUACCUUGAGCGGUGUAGAGCCUGUGUAUCCAUGGCCCACCCAGCCACCUGAGACACUGAAGAAGAACAUGCGAGGAUGGGGUCCAAGGCACUUCUCAAAAAUAACUUCACAGUUGAGGCGAAGUAUGAUGCUUACUUCACGGGCCAGCGGGUUGAGGUGACCAGUGAUGGGUCUGCUGUGCUGUGUGAGUGUGGGGACAGCGUUGGGGUGGUGAGCCUGGCAUCGGGGAAGGUAACAGGCAGCAUAAAGUGUGAGGAGGACCAAGUGACCUCUAUUGCCUUGGCUCCUGAUGACUCCUUCGUGGUGGUGGCCCUCAAGUCCACCUCAGUCCAGCAGUACAAAUGGCCCAGUCUGGAGUUGGUGCGAAGCUUCAAGUCAUAUCACCGUGGCCCAGUGGUGACCAUGGCCUGGGACAGCACCUCCACCCUGGUGGUGACUGGCGGAGCUGACUCCUCUGCCAGAGUGUGGGACCUUGUGAACAAAUACUGCACCCACAGUCUUAAGGGUGCCUCGGGUGUGUUUGGAGCCAUCACAUUCCACCCUGAUUUGAUGAAGGUUCCCCAAGUCUACGGGGCUGUUGCCAACACCAUCCAUGUGUGGACGCUGGAGUCCGGCUCAUCCUCAAUGACGGCCACGUUGGCAGGGCACCAUUCAGCCAUCACUGCCCUCCAGGUGACCCAUGACACCAAACACAUGGUCAGCUGUGGCCUGGAUCGAGUCAUCAUCCUGUGGGACAUGACCACCUUCACCAGCCAGAAGGUUGUGCCCGUGCUGGAAUCCUUGUCUGGCAUAGUGUUGCAGCCCCAAGGCACCUGCUUCCCUGGGGCUCAGGAGGAUACUGACCACAUCUAUGCCUUGGUCGUGGGAGACAAAGGUGUUCCCUCAGUGUGGGAGGUGGACAGUGGCCGUGAGGUGUGGCGAGCGCCUGAGCCAGUGAUGAGUCAGCCUGACAAGGAGGGAGUCACGCUGGUCAAUCACCUCACCUACUCCAAGACUCUAGACUCCGUGGUCAUGACUACUUAUGAUCACUCUAUACUCUUUGCCAAAACUUCUUCCAUGAAGAUUUGGAAACAGCUUGCAGGUUACAAUGACCAAAUUUUGGAUGCAGUGUUUGUGGGUGCAGGGGAGAGUCACCUGGUAGUGGCCACCAACAGUAUUCAGCUGCGUAUCUACCACUGUGAGAGCUUCAGCUGUUGCCUGGUGAAGGGCCACACUGCCCUGGUGCUGGCCCUCGCCCGGCACCCAACCCUGCCAACCAUAUUUGCCUCCAGUUCCCAUGACAACAGCUGCCUUGUGUGGCGUCUGACGGAGGAGGGCGGGGCCGAAUGCCUGGCCAGGGCUGUGGGGCACACCCUCAGUGUUGGCAGUGUGGCCCUUGCACAAGAUUUUAUGGUGACUGGGAGCAAGGACAUGUGCAUUAAGAAAUGGACACUGGGGAAGGAGGUCCUGGAGAGCAGCAAGGCAGAGGUGGCCUCCAGUGUUGCCCUCUCCUCCAGCCACACAGAGAAGGCCCAUGAGAAAGACAUCAACAGUAUGUGUGUUUCAGUGAAUGGCAAGCUAAUAGCAACAGGUUCUCAGGAUAAAACAGCUAAGGUGUGGGACAGCAGCAGUCUGGCCCUGCUUGGGGUGCUGCGGGGGCACCGGCGGGGGAUUUGGUGCGUCCAGUUCUCUCCUGUGGAUGAGGUGUUGGCCACUGCCUCGGCUGAUGCCACCAUCAAGAUAUGGACCAUGACUGACUUCACUAACGCUCUUACACUGGAGGGACACAGUGUGAGUGUGCUGCGGCUGUGCUGGGUGUCAGAGGGCCAGCAGCUGCUCUCCACUGCCUCCGACGGCCUCCUUAAGCUGUGGACAAUCAAGACUCGCCAGUGUGUGCAAACCUUUGACGAGCACCAAGACAAGACCUGGGCCAUGGCCGUGAGCGAGGACGAAAAACGGGUGGUGACUGGAGGAGAGGACGCAGCGUUGGUGCUGUGGAGGGACGUGACUCAGGAGGAGAAGGAGAAGGCAGCAGAGGAGGCAGCUAGACUUGCUGCAGAGGAACAGACUCUCUUGAACCUCAUCCAGAACAAGCAGUGGACGAAGGCGCUGGGCAUUGCCGUGCGUCUGGGGCAGCCUGGCCGCGCCCUCAAGAUCAUGAAGACACUAUUGGAUGAGACCCCAGAGGAGUUGCCAGCGGUGAUGGCCAAGAUGCGGCUUGACCAGGUGGCUGCCCUUUUGGAGUUUGCCACAUCCUGGAAUACCAAGACCAAGGACUCCAGGGAGGCGCAGAGUGUCCUCAAUGUUGUGCUGAAGACCUACCUGCCUGAGGAGCUGGAGGCCCUGGAUGGCUGGCAGAAGACGUUGGAGGGUCUGCUGCCCUACACCGAGCGGCACCUCCGUCGGGUGUCUGCCUUGCACCAGUCCUCAGGCAUCUUGAACUACAUGUCUUCCUGCCUCACGCUAGCGCCGGACCCAAGCACCCUCAAGGCUCCCCCAGUGAUGGAGGAGGCAGAGCUCCUCACACUGAUCCCUGCACCCCAGCCUCUCAAGAGGGAGAGUGAGGAGGAGAGUGGUGAUGAUGAUGAUGAUGAUGAUGAUGAUGAUGCCAUGAAGGAGGAAGAGGAUAUUGAUAUGGAGGUUAAAAUUACUCUUCAGAAUUCCAUCAUGAAAACAGAGGAAAGUGAGAGUGAAGAAGAAGACGAAACAGAAGUAAUUCCUACAGUCAAAGAGGGAACUGAAAGAAAUGAUGAAGUUGAGAGUGAUGAGGAUGAGGGUAUUGAGGAAGGCAGCAAGGAAGACAGUGAUGAGGAAAGGACUAGUGGAGUUCCUCUUGCAUCACAAGAUGACUUGGAUGCCAAUUUUAUCAUAGAGAAAAUAGAAGGAAGUUCGGGAAGUGAGGAUGAAGAGGCUUUCUCAGAUGGGGGCAAUGAGAUAGAGGAAAAUCCAGGAACCAAAAGAAAGGGCUUUUCUGUUGACCAGCUCCAGUUAGAGUCGAAGAGCAAAAACAAAAGACUAAAAGGAUCUGUUGAAAAGGGAAAAGAUUUUCAUAUGAAGAAGAAAAAUAGAACUGGGAUUGACAAAUUUAACAAAAAUAGGAAUCAGGGAGAAAAAGAAAGGAAAAAGGGGAAAACUGUGCCCACCCGACAAAAUGCAAGGGGAAGGAAGAGAAAAAAGGUAACAUAGAAACAUCAGUUACAUUGACACUAAAUUUUUAUAUUAUUGUUAGACAGCUUGGGGGGUAAGGAUUGUGCCUGGUGUUGAACUGAUGUUUAAAUAUUUGUAUUACCUGUGGUCCAUCAUUGGCAUUUAUUAUGAGAUUGGCGUUCAUUAAUCAUAUAAUUUAUGUCAGUGAAAAACACUGAUUCCCUCAUUGCCAUCACUAUCUUCACCUCAUUUCUCUGUGCUGAGUGGAAGCAAGGGAUCCAUAAACUCAAGAAACAAGAAUUUGUUAUUGUCAGAAAAAAAAAAAUCAUUCAGUGAUAUGUUUGUUUUGAGUAAUGCCUUUUUAAGGGUAUACCACUGCAAUAUUCUGUCCCAGAAAUGAGUGGUGUGUGUAUGUUGAUGUACAUAUGCAAUUGAAGGAAAUGUUUGAAAUGUGUAACAUGGUCUUUUUAAAAAAGUUAAAUAUU